AUGACAUAUCAUAUCAAAAGAGAACAUUUAAAAAACUGGGAUUUACAGCCAAUUAAUGAAAAUCCUAUUAUUACUACUAUUGAUGAUGAUCAAGAUAUUUAUAUAUCAGAACGAUCAUCUAUGACAUCAUCUAAUGAUACAAUUAAAAUAUUUAGUCCAAUUACUAAACAAACACCAACACCAUCUUCGCGUUUUAUAUUGCCGAAAAAACCACCUCAUACUCUUAAAUAUCCAUAUAAUAAAUUACCAGAAGAUGGAAUACCCGCUGCUAUUCAUUAUCAACUUAAACUUAAAAAUGAUAAGAAACUAAGAACAACUAUUCGUAAAGCACCACCAGGUCAAGGAAACCUAGUUCCAAUUCCACAAAUAAAACCUGUUGAAUCAAGUAAUAACUAUUAUCCUUAUUGGUACUAUUAUAAAAUGCAAAAUCCUGAUUGGAUUAUGCGUCAACGUCGUACAACUGAUGGUCAAAUAAUACCCUAUGAUUCAUUUGAUCCAUCAAAAUACCUUCCUCCUCAAUCUGAAAUAACAACAUCACCACCAAAACAAAAAAAACGAACACGAAAAUAUCGUCCUAAUGAUGUACCUCUAAUCCAAUCUAAUCAAGAUAAAGAACGUGUUGAUUAUUCAGAAAAGAAUUUGUUAACAUCGUCACAUCUAAUGCUUCAUGAAGAUCAACAACAAGUACCAUUAAAACAUUAUAUACCAUUAAAUGAUAUUGACAAUAACGAACAUCGAGAACAAAAACCUAAACGAAAAAUAUUACAACAACGUCCAAAACCUAAAAUUGAAAAUGAACGAAAUGAUCAUAAUAUUCCGUCACUUUCAAAUAAACCAUCUUAUGAUUUGGACAAUUUGAUGAUAGUAUCCAAGCCUAUAGAAAAUCGAUCGAAAAAUCAAUCAAAACUAUCAGAUAAACAUACUUUAAAUUCUAAUAUUGAUGACAAUGGUAAACGCCGUCAUCAUCAUCAUCAUCAUCAAACUCAAUUACAAAAUCACCAUCAUCCAAAUCAAACACAUUCGCAUAUUCAUCCUUCUAUUCCUUCUCAACAAAAUCAUUCUCAUCAACAUCAUCAUCGUUUUCCUCAAAAUCAAACUCAUUCACAUAAUAAUCCUCAUACAGUUUUGCAACAAAAUCAUCACCCCGAAUAUUAUCAGCAACAUGUUCAUAUUCGACGUCGUCCAUUAUCCAGUAUAUAUGUCAAUUCGGACGUUCAAAUUGUUGAUAUUUUAUUUAAAGAUCAUGUACAAGAUGAUUAUCAUCUACCUCCACCAGCAUCUUAUAAUCUAACCCAUCCUUUACCACCUGUUACACAUGAUCAUCAUCAUCAUCAGCAGAAAACAAAUCCAAUUCGAUUUCCGACUGAUAAUUAUGGCGCAUUAAAUCGACAAACACACGGUAAAAAUGGAAAAGAAUCAAUACGAAAAACAAAAAUUUAUAAACCUGAUCUACAUACAUUAUACUCUAAUAAUAAUCGUGUACACAAUUUAGUAGAUAAACGACUAGCAGUUUAA